AUGCCGGGAGGCAUAAAAAUUGAAAAAGAGGAAGUCAUCACGACCGGCAGAGAUGGCAAAAGGUGUGAAUACGACUCGGAUGAAGUGGAAGAAUCACUCCGUCUGAUUGAAGAUGUCAAGUUUUUUCUCGCUACGGCCCCUGCAAACUGGCAAGAAAAUCAAAUUAUCCGCAGAUACUACCUGAACAAUGACCAGGGUUUCGUCUCGUGCGUUUUCUGGAACAAUCUGUACUACAUCACAGGUACGGACAUCGUCAAAUGUUGUGUGUACCGCAUGCAAAAAUUCGGGAGGGAGGUUUUGGACCGCAAGAAGUUCGAAGAAGGCAUUUUUUCAGAUCUGCGACAUCUUAAAUGUGGAGUUGACGCUACUCUCGAAACUCCGAAAUCUGAGUUUCUGUCGUUUUUGUUCAAAAAUAUGUGUCUCAAGACUCAAAAAAAGCAGAAGGUCUUCUUCUGGUUCAGCGUACCGCACGAUAAAUUGUUCGCAGAUGCUUUGGAAAGAGACAUGAAGAGGCAAAAUUCAAGUCAAAUCUCGACGACGCGUGCUAUCAGCGAGCCCGCUCUUUCUUUCACUUAUGACGAUCGUCUGGGGCUCUCAUUGUACGACCAACUGGUACAACAUAUGCAAGUGCAGCGCUCUAGAAAUUCAAAAGCAUCUACGGUAGAUCCAAUCUCGCCUUCUGCAAAUACCACUUGCAGUUUCAACCCAACCGAUACAAAAGUCACCGAGCCUUUGGAAGGUAGUCCUGGCGACGUUAAAGAUGAGAAUGUCGGCAUGGACGUUGAGUUGGCUGCCGAAAACAUGGAAUCGAAAUUUGUAACUCAGCACUCGGCCUUGAACCCUCCACAGGGCUCACCUGAUGAGCUGGACUUGAAUCCGAUUUCGCAACCCAUCCGUUUUACUAAAGAAAAUGGUGAACAAGACGAUUUUCCUCUGGACUAUUUCCCAGUCGAGAUUGAAUAUCCAGACGAAUCGUUGAAAUCCAGCGCAGCAAACUUUUAUUAUGAAAAUGAUCUCGAUGCAGGCUACAUUCCUUUGUCUGCAGUGCCUCCGGUGUCCGCCGGCUUUUAUGAAAAUUCACACUUCCCGGAAGAAGUCACAUUUGCACCUCCGCCUGUAAAUUCAGCAGCAAGACUCGUAUUUCAAGUCCCACCUCCACCAAUGUCUGCCUCGCGUUCUCAACUCAUAACCAAUGGCGAAUAUUAUGCAUCAUAUGUCAAGGAGCAGGAAGAGCGCAGUAAUGAGAGGCUUUCGCCUGAAUUUGAGCAAGAUAAAGAUAGUCAGGAAGCAUCGGGAUAUCCUCGCGACUUAGAUCGAAACUCGAGACAGGUUCCAUCUGGACACAGGCAAGGCAUAGACAGCAGGGCAUACCAUAAUGGCUAUAACAUGGGAUCUGUUUACCCAAACAGAUAUGCAUAUCCUCCCAUGGAAUUUCAACAGCAAGGUACGCUUGAUCCUGUGAUGAGUAGAAGCUACGCUAUGGAGGACUAUCUUUCGGACAACGCCGCGCUUUACGAUUCAUACCCAGCAGGUGCUUAUUGUCCCCCCGCUAAACCAUAUACUCCAGCGUAUCGGCUGACGCCGGUAGCACCCACAACUCCCUUUUUGGGUGGCACAACCUACGGUAACAAACAAUUGCCCAUUGGUCAAGCAAAGAACCAUCCCAUCAAUCCAUAUUAUCAGUCUUCUCCAAACUUCCAACGCUGGAACAACGUACAUGGAUACUUGAGAGGUUUUCCAUCAAUUCAAGCAACCUCAGCACCUCAAGUCCAACCACACACAAUGCAACAUCCGCAUUCUGCGUCCAAGUCAUAUUUCAAUAGACCUAACAUGGUUCACAAGGGGUCCGCAAGAACGCCGAUACAAAGGGCACGCGUCAAAAAGCCGACCCCGGUAUCUCGCUCUGCUAUGGCAUAUCACUCCAAUCAUGGCAAGAGUGACGCCGGUCAAGACCUGACUAAUAUACGCAUUUCAUCGCCAGGACCUAGUAUCAAAGACGACUUUCCUUCUAACGAUUAUAAGGAUACUCUUUCGAGAAAAGUUGAGGAUCGAAAGACACUUUACAAAUGA